AUUAAACUCGUGGAUUAGUAGCUUCGCUCCUACUUUUUUCCACCUUUUCAAUUUUUUUGCUGGUCUUGCUUUCCUCGAAAACGUACUAUGUUUCCUUACUGUUAACUAUUAUUAUGAUUAUUAUUGCUGUGGUUUUAGGUCUCUGAGUAUGUGGCAUCAAUGAUCUGUUCGAUCUAUUUUGGAUAUAUGUUUGAAAGAGCUUGUUUUUGGUUUAUUUCAUUAUGCUUUACGAUGUAACUUACAAAAAUAAAAGUUUUUAUCUCGUUUUUUUUUUCGAAUAUAAGAAAUGAGUGUUUAUAUUGUUAUGGGAUUGACAAAUGUUAUGUUAGUUUUAUGUUAGCUUAUGUUUUACCUAAGCUAUUUAUCCAAACAGGCCCUUAAACCAGGGUUUUAUAUAGUAUGUUCUAGUGUAAGUAUAGUGCCAAUGGCAGCUGUAGCAGACGGAUAGUAGCGCUAUCUUUUUUAUUCUAAAAGAGCCCCUGAAUACCACUGUCAGAGCAUGUUUUUGGAAUUUCAAUUUUAAAAAAUUAUUUUUGCUUAUAAAAUCAAUCGAAAGCUGUCAUUUCUCAUUGUCUCUCUCAAGCCAUCCUUGGUUCAUCUCUUGAGCCCGCACAAUGGUGACGGGUUUCUCUGCGUUUGGGCACUUUUAUCUCUAGCAACUAAGUCUCUUAGAGAUCAAAUGAUGUGGGGAUGCUCUUCUAAAUUUAAAUUACGUUUCAUUUAUUAUGUGUUAUAAAACUAAUGAAAGAAAUUUGACGUGCCUAGCAUUUGACUAGAGAAUUUGAUAUGAGAAGCUUGAUCAAAGGUUUGUCAUUUUAAAUACUAUUUUUCUCUUGGGUAAACUUUUAUGACGACUUUGGUUUACUCGCUUGUUGUUCCCAUGAGAGUUCUUGUUUUGCUCCAUGGUUAUGUUUGAAAAAUUCAGGUUGCACAUCAAUAUCAAGCUCUUCAGAUGCUUUUUGGUUUUGUAAGUUUGAGAUUUUGGCUUCUUGAAGUGGAUUUUGGGAUCUCUCAUGGAUGAUUAUGAUUUACCUGUUGGCAUUGGUGUUGCUCAGUAAUGCCUUAAUCUUGUUCUUUAAAAUUUGGUUGGUAUUGUCUCCUUUUGGCUUCCAUCAAUGGGAUAUGGGAAGCUGACAUGGUUUUAUUCACUCGUUGCAUGGAAUCGUCAGCAGAAGAGUAUUCUGCAUUUGAACAGAAAGUUAGUAGGACAGUAUACUUUGACAACCUGUCACCACAGGUCACUGAAUCUGUGAUAAGAACUGCUCUUGACCAGUUUGCCACUGUAAAAAAUGUCAAGUUUAUUCCCAACUACAUUGGACCUAGCAAUCUUCCGCAAUGUGCAUUAGUAGAAUUAGAUUCUGCCAAAAAGGUCAAGGAAAUUGUAUCAAUGGUAGGACAAUAUUCUUUUAUGAUGUCUGGGAUGCCACGGCCAGUAAGGGCUCAGCCUGCUGUGAUGGAAAUGUUUGAUGAUCGGCCAAUAAAGCCUAACAGAAAGAUUAAGGUACGCUGGUUGAAGCCAGGUGAACCUGAUUUUGAGGUGGCGAAGGAACUAAAGAAUCUUACACGCAAACAUGCUGCAGAAAUAGAAUUCGUACGCAAAGUAAGUUCAUUCCUGCUGCAACUAGACGAAGAAGAGAAGCUUGCAAAGCAGCAGGAAGAAACGCUUAAAGUGCAUUACAAAAAGUUCAAGAUGAUAGAUGGUAUUAUGGCUGAUAAAACUGCCCAUCGUCUGGCGAGAAAGUAUAAUCUGCAUGUUGCAGAUGAAUAAAGUCUUCGUUUGGUCUACAAUUCUUGUAAAUAUGUUUUUCUUUUUUCUGGCUAGAAUCAAGGCUUGUUGCUUCGUGCUACUAGUACUGGUGAAGCUUCAUUUCAUACAUGGUAUAUAAUCAUGCCAAAAGAUAAUCUUUUGUUUGGUUUUCUUUUGAUUCA